AUGUUUAGUGAACCAAUUUCUCAGCAAGACAUUCAAGAAGUUCAGGAACAGGAAACAAAUAAAUUAAAUAAUUCAUAUAACUUUAUUUCUAAUAAAAAAUGUCAUUAUCAGGCACUUCAAGACAUAUCGAAUAAUCCAAAGUAUCAACAUAAUAUUUAUCGCCAAAUAGCGAAUAAAAAUCUUGUGAACUAUCAUUCAAAAAUGAAAAACCAGAUGCACACAAAAUAUAAUAUUUAUGAACAUAUCUAUAAAGUUAGUGAUUUGAAUGCAUUUCUGGCUGGUGAAGUUUUGCCACUUGGACUGAAAGAAUUUCCUGAAUUAGAUAAUCUAUCAACUGAUACAACUAUCAGGAUUAUUGAAGCUGCAAGACUUCAAUCCAUUUCUCUUGCAAGUAACAAGGGAUGCAAUUGUAGAGGUGAUUGUCUUACAGCGAGAUGUUUGUGUAGGAAA